UUCUGCGCAUGAAGAGUUGCUUAGCUUUAUGAAGAUACUACCAGAGCAGGAUGCUACCCAGCUUUUGUCCCGGGUACGGGCUGGGGAAGACACGGGAGCAAUCGUAACACGUUUUCAGGGUGCUAAUACUCACACGGAAGACCAAGUCAACAGCGAGUAUACGAGACUGAAGCACUUUGUACGUGCACUGCAGUCGCGACCCGAGGCUGACGCGCAAGCGAUAUUCCAACGUCUGCGCGAGGGCGGCAGUUUUGAGUCCAUCCUGUCUCACCUGACAGCAGGCGACGUCCUCCUUCAACUGCACGUCGAGCCGGAAACAAGAUAUCGCUUCGUUUUCCCGUUUCGUAAGGAGAUGCCGGCGCACUUGCAAUCUCCCAGAAACAAGUACUUGCAUUCUCCACUGUACCAGGCUUCCUUUGACAAUUCGUCAGCCGCCAUUCAGGAUAGACCAGAGUACAACAAGCCAUAUUCGUCUGCCAGCAUCAUCGAUCAUAGACUGGAUUCAGUGAUUCCAUCCAAGUGGACUCAAGUCUCAAAAGAUGACAACCUCCUGCGGCUUCUUCUGAAACUCUACUUUCAAUACGAGUAUGUGUGGUUUGCGUGUUUUCAAAAGGAUCUUUUCCUCGCCGAUAUGAUAUCCGGGUCUGAAAAGUACUGUUCAUCGCUACUUGUCAAUGUCGUCUUGGCUCAAGCUUGUAACUGCCAUAUCUCGCUGGCCGACCGCCGUGAAUAUUGGAAACCUCAGAGCCUAAGCUACAAGUUUUUUGCCGAAGCACGGCGACUUUGGGAUGAAGAACGCUACCGAAAAAGCCGGAUAACCACUGUUCAAGCUGGGCUUGUUAUGAACAUUUUGUACAACAUGUACUCAAUGGAUAAGCUGGGCAUGACGUACGCCGUCCAGGCUGUGUCCAUUGCGCACGAUCUGAAUAUCUUCGGUGACACCAGCUCACUGAGAAGCGCGCGCAAGCAACACGCUUAUGGAUUCACUGCCUGGUGUAUCUACUCUUGGCUUUCAUUACAAUGCUACCAUUUUAUGAUUGCUCCGCUGAUCCCAGAGAUGCCGAAAACGCCUCUGCCCGAUUUGCAGGAGAAUCCAGCAUGGUAUGGCGACUUUCAGCUACGCUAUCCAUUGUCUCGGACAACGCACCCAAUGAACUUUGCAAGCACAUUUUCCGCGCGAAUGAAAUUGGCCGUCAUCGUUGUCAAGAUUGGCCGCUAUCUGUUUGACAAAGAUGGUGCCGUUUCCGAUGAUCCAUCGUCCCAAACUCUUAUCGACUUGGCAGCAGAGUUGAUCGCCUGGCACUCUACGCUGCCAUUGCAGUUGGCGCCCGAAACGAUCGUGUUUCCAUUCCAGCUCAAACUACACUUUGUAUAUCACAACAUUUUGAUCAACAUCUGCGAGGCGGUAAUCAGCUCUCAAGAGCCAUACACGGCCCCAACACCGCUAGACGACCUCCCCGCCGUCGUGGACUCCUCCAAAGCAUGUUUUGAAACGAUCCUCCGGCUCUACUACCUCCGCCACGGGUUCGACAAAGCCGACACAUAUCUAACUCACGGCCUAGCAGUCCUAGCAUUCCUAUCCAUCAAUCAACUCAAACCACCAACCUUAUCUCCCACUGAACCUUUUUCGCCACCACACCUCCAAGACAUCCAAAGCGCCCUGGUUCUCGCAGCAAAGGGCUUAUACAGCCAAGGAUGUAACUAUCAUCUCUCAUACACCAUAUUUCAUCUCGUGUGCGCUGAUAUACCGCCCCGUGAAACGGAUCUCAUGCACCAGUACACUGAUAUCCGGAAGGAGGAUCUGGCGACGAGUAAACUGCGCGCCAACCACGUGCGAGGGCAGUACCCGAUCAAGAUCUUGAAUCUCGCGGAUGACCCGGAGCAGCAGCGUUUGGACGAUCUCGUCACGCGGUAUGCGGAUCUGGCCAUGAGCGCGUCGGAGGCCACGAGCGAAAGCGAGGCUGAGAACUCGUAAGAAAGAGCUUUUCACCUUUUUUGAGCAAACUCUUGUGUUUGUAGAGCUUGCAGGUUUUCCACUGGGAUAUGCAUGCGUUCUUUUGGGCUACGAGGGAACUCUUGUCAAAUGCUGUUACUCGCUUGGUCUGGAUUUCUAUCCUCGGGCUAAGUGAAACUCUUUGCUGCGAGUUGUUAUUUUUCGGCUUUUGUUCUGAAAGCAUCUAUACUGUGAUAUUUUGGUAAAAAAAUUUAAAAAAAAAAAUAUGACUAUUUUAUUUUUAGAGGAAAACACGAGAUGCGCAAUCCAUCACUCUUCUCAGUAUAUGCACGGAAAGAGAGAAAGCUUUAGAAAAGGCCUUAACAUGUCAUCUGUACUAGAUUUAUGUUAAGAUCUACUCGCUACAGAGAUCCAGUCUUCUUUACCAUCUACUAAAAUACAUAUCAAACAUAAGCGGGCUCUCUAUCGUUCAAUUCUAUAAGGAUAUUCCUUUCCUGAUCUGACUGCACAUCUCCCAAUAAUACCUCUUAACCAUGGUCUGAGGGCAUAAGAACUAAUCAAUCUGAUGCCGAAUCUCCACACU